AUGACUAAAUCCAAUGUUCUGUUGAUUGGUACUGGUGGUGUCGGUACAAUUGUUGCCUAUGGUAUAGACUAUGUUGGUAAGGCCAAUCUCUCAGUCGUGGUUCGUCGUGAUUACUCAAAAGUUAUUGAAUCAGGUUGGGAUUUGAAUUCUUGUGAUUAUGGUGAGAUCAAAGGCUGGAAACCACAGAACAUUUAUCCAAAUGUCGAAGCUGCUAAACAGGAUGGUUCUUCCAAUAUUUACGAUUAUGUUAUUGUCACAACAAAGAACCUUCCAGAUAUAACAAAAAUUGAAGAACUGAUUGAGCCUGUUGUCACACCAAAAAAGACCACUAUUGUUUUAAUUCAAAAUGGAUUUGAUAUUGGUAGACCAUUUAUUAAAAAAUAUCCUCAAAACGUUGUUAUAUCUGGUGUUUCACACAUUGGAUCACACAAUCAUCAUGGUGUUAUAACUCAAACUCAAAAUGACAAAACAUUGAUUAGUUAUUUUGAAAACCCAAAUUUAUCCAAAGAACAUCAAGAAGCUGUCACUAAAGAUUUCAUUUCUAUUUACAAGAAUGAUAAAAACACAUGUACUUAUUUCCCAGAUGCUAAAUGGUAUAGAUAUAGAAAAUUGGUCUAUAAUGCCUCAUUAAACACAGUCGCCGCAUUGACUGGUGUUGAUACUGGUCGUUUGGAACUAUCAGGUGGGUUGGAAGCUAUUUCAAUUCCUGCAAUGAAGGAAGUUAUCUCAAUUGCAAAGGCAGAUGGUGUUGAAUUACCUGGAGAUGUGAUAAAUUUGGUUGUUCACAGUGAUGAUGGUGAUUGGUUUGAACCUUCAAUGAGAGUUGAUGUGAAAAAGGGGAACCCAAUUGAAUUGGAAGUCAUCUUGGGUAAUUUAUUAGUUGUUGCAGAUGAAUUGAAAGUUUCAGCUCCAACAUUGAAAAUCUUGUACGAAUUGUUGAAAGUUGUUCAAUUUAAAUUGAAAGAAGGCCAGGGUCUAAUCUCUCUUCCUGCUAAAAGACCAAUUAAUGAUAAAGUGUAUAGUUAA